CCCGCCUCGCCCGCUGCCUCGCUGCCCGACCUGGGCGACCAGCGGGAGCGCUGGGAGACGUUCCAGAAGCGACACAGACUCACCUUCGAGGGCGCCGCCAAGCUGCUGCUGGACACCUUCGAAUACCAGGGCCUGGUGAAACACACCGGAGGCUGCCACUGUGGGGCAGUUCGUUUUGAAGUUUGGGCCUCGGCGGACUUGCACAUCUUUGACUGCAACUGCAGCAUUUGCAAGAAGAAACAGAAUAGACACUUCAUUGUCCCAGCUUCUCGCUUCAAGCUCCUGAAGGGAGCAGAGAGUAUAACCACAUACACGUUCAACACGCACAAGGCGCAGCACACGUUCUGUAAGAGAUGCGGCGUUCAGAGCUUUUACACUCCCCGCUCGAACCCUGGAGGCUUCGGAAUCGCCCCCCAUUGCCUAGAUGAGGGCACCGUGCGGAGUGUGGUCAUUGAGGAAUUCAAUGGCACCGAUUGGGAAAAGGCCAUGAAGGAGCACAAGACCAUCAAGAACAUGUCUAAAGAGUGAGCUCCUGCUUCGCCCUUCCUGAAAAGGAGGAACGAUGGGGGCCAGCAGCUUUGCUGUCCCCGCUGCACCUCGGUGGUGCUCGUGAAUGUGGCUGACUGGGGCCACCGGCUCUGUUGGCCAGCGGCCAUCUGGAUGUUCGCAGUUCGUUCCAGCUACCAGUUUCUUUAGGCAGCUCUUUGUCCUUCCUCAGCCCAGAUUUUGAUGUAGGCUAGUUGGUAUCCUUUCUCUUCUCAACUUUUGUGUGAUCUUUUAGAAAAAUAAAUAUUUUUAACAUGAAA